GGGCGGUACAGGUCGUGCCUCCGUUGCCGCCGGUGCAGGCCGGAGCCCUGUCAGCAGGGAGCUACUCUUACCUAUGACACUCUCAGGUUCGAGUAUGAAGACUUCCCUGAGACCAAAGAACCCGUUUGGAUCCUUGGCCGGAAAUACAGUGUUUUUACAGAGAAAGAAGAAAUCCUGUUGGAUGUGACCUCUCGGCUUUGGUUCACCUACAGAAAGAACUUCCCUGCUAUCGGAGGAACCGGUCCCACGUCUGAUACUGGCUGGGGCUGUAUGUUGCGGUGUGGCCAGAUGAUCUUUGCUCAGGCCUUGGUCUGCAGGCACUUGGGCAGAGACUGGAGGUGGAUGAAAGGGAAGAGGCAGAUGGAUAAUUACUUCAAUGUUCUUAAUGCCUUCAUUGACAAAAAAGACAGCUACUACUCCAUUCACCAGAUAGCCCAGAUGGGAGUUGGAGAGGGAAAAUCCAUAGGUCAGUGGUAUGGACCAAACACAGUUGCACAAGUGCUCAAAAAACUUGCAACUUUUGAUACAUGGAGUUCACUGGCAGUCCAUAUAGCCAUGGACAACACAGUAGUGAUGGAAGAAAUCCGGCGGCUGUGCCAGUCCAACUUGGCGUGCGCUGGAGCUGCAGCGUGCCCGGCCGCGGAGCCAGACGUGCUCUAUAACGGGUACCCAGAGGACGCGGGGGUCAGAGACAGGUUCUCACUGUGGAAGCCAUUGGUGCUGCUGAUACCUCUCCGCCUCGGGCUCACAGAGAUCAACGAAGCCUAUAUUGAAACACUAAAGCACUGCUUCAUGAUGCCCCAGUCCCUGGGAGUGAUCGGAGGGAAACCAAACAGUGCUCACUACUUCAUUGGCUAUGUAGGUGAGGAGCUCAUUUACCUGGAUCCGCACACUACGCAGCCCGCAGUGGAGCCCAACGACAGCGGCUGUCUCCCUGACGAGAGCUUCCACUGCCAGCACCCUCCCUGCAGAAUGAGCAUUGCCGAGCUCGACCCCUCCAUCGCGGUGGGCUUUUUCUGCAACACAGAGGAGGACUUUAACGAUUGGUGCCAGCAAAUCAAAAAGCUGUCCCUGGUGAGAGGAGCGCUGCCAAUGUUCGAGCUGGUCGAACGCCAGCCCUCGCAUUUCUCCAACCCUGACAUCCUCAAUCUUACACCAGACUCCUCCGACGCUGACAGAUUGGAAAGGUUCUUUGACUCGGAAGAUGAAGACUUCGAAAUCCUAUCCCUUUGAAAACGAAUAAGAAACUGACUUUGC